GCUUUUAUUACAGGUCAUAGACAUAGAUAAACAAGGAAUUGUACUGUAAACCUGUAUAGUCUAUUAUAGUUACAAUAUGUCUGAUGAAGAAAUAACUCUUUACUGCAUCUGCAGAAGUCCUGAUAUUGACAGAUUCAUGAUCAUGUGUGAUCAGUGCGAAGAAUGGUAUCAUGGAGACUGUAUUAAUAUGACGGAGCGCGAGUCAAGACGAAUCAAGUACUUUUACUGCAAAUGGUGUCGUCGUAAAAACCCUUCAUUACAGAUUCAAUAUAGAAAGUCUAAGAAAUCUAAAAAUCGAAGUGAAGAUGGUAAAAAAGCAAAGAAAUUGAAAAAGAAAGAAGCAAAAAGAAAAAGGCGUGAAGAUGGUCAAAAAGAACAAGUCAAAAGUGAAAAAAUAAAAAAGGUUAUCGAGAAUGAUAAUGAUCAAAAAUCUGACAUUACAAAAUCAAAUUCACUGUCUACAUCUUUACCUGUUAAUGUCAAGAAAGAGUCUCCACAGGAAAAUGUAUCAAUCAGUAAUAAAGAACAAGCUGCUUUGUUGUCGGCAGAUGAAUGUGGCGAAUGUGAAAAUUGUUUACGUAUUGUUAAUUGUAAAAGAUGUCAAAACUGCCUGAAUCCAACCAGAGAUAUGAAGUGUCUAAAACAACAAUGUCUUACCAUGAAAACUAAUUUGUCAACUUCUCAUUUUGAAGUGAAAAAAGAACCACUUCCUAAAAAGAGUAUCAAGACCGAAUACGAAGAGGAGCCAUCAAGAUGGAAAAAUUUUGAUAUAUCUCAUAGUAUGUUUUCUCAGAAAAAGUUUAGCAAACCGGAUACUAAGUUAGAAAUUCAUGGCCGACAAUGUUAUGGACCUGGAUGCACUUUGGCUGCAAGAUCAAAAUCCAAGUACUGCUCAGAUGAAUGUGGUAAAAGGUUAGCUGCUAAGAGAUUGCUACACAUUAUGCCAUCUCGAGUGAAUGACUGGCAUCAUACUCCAACAGUUGCAAAUGAAAUGGGUCGAGAAGAAUUGGAGAGAAUUAGGGCUGCAAUGGUUCAAGCAAGGAGCGAACUUCAGGCACUGGAGGAAAAAUAUAGGAGAUUAGAAUCAAUUAUUACGCAAUCCAAAACUUUUGAAAUUUGUGAAAAAUUGUCUGAUGCAGAAGAAACUGAUGAAAGUGAUCAGACUAUAUUUUGUGUUGUUUGUGGCCACCCUGUUUCUCUUCGAGGUGCUAUAAAACAUAUGGACAAAUGUUAUAUUAAAAUUGAAUCUCAAAUCUCUUUUGGGUCUGUGUAUCCGACGCGUAUUGAAGGCUCAGAGCGACUAUUUUGUGAUGUCUAUAAUCGACAACAACAAACUUAUUGUAAAAGAUUACAGGUAAUUUGUCCAGAACAUGCAAAAGAACCAAAAAUCACAGCCAAUGAAGUAUGUGGAUGCCCAUUGAAAGAGGAUAUAUAUACGGGUGAUGAACCUAAACUGGCUAAUGAGUUUUGCAGCAGAGCUAAGAGAAAAUGUAACAAACAUUUUAAAUGGGAAUCUAUGUACAGAGCAUCGGUUGAUUUACAGCGAAUUAGACAAUGGCUAAAAAUUGAUGAAAUAUUUGAGGAAGAACGCAGAAUUCGCAAUUCUAUGGUAUCAAGAGCUGGUGUUGUACCUUUGUUAUUGCACCAAACAACUGCCCAUGAUCCUGCAUGUCUGGAUAUGCGAACAAAACCAUCAAAUGUUAAAAGACCUGCAUAUAGACUUGUCAUUUAAGAUUGUAAUUUAUUUGAUAAAUUCAUAAUUGAAGGCCCUGCUUUCAAGUUUAGGAAACAAAAAGAAAAGCAAUUGAAAUAUUCGGAAGUUUGAUUAUUUGAAAAUGUUUGUUUGCGAUCCACACCAUGAAAUGUUCAUAGUCUCAUAUGAACAUGUUAUAUUAACAGACAUGUGUGUGACACAUUUGGAUGAUGGGAUGUUUCAUUUUUAAAUUGCGCAAUAAUUUACUUGAAUAAACUUUAGUUAGUUUUGUAUGCUUGGCUUGUUACAGUAUUUUGAUGAGUAUGGCCUGUACAUGCUAUACAAAAGUUUUUUUUUUCACAGAAUAGUGUGUUUCAUAAUUGUGCCAAUCAGAUUGGAUAUUCAUGUAUAGUUGGCUAUGCUAGAUAUUGAUUGACUUGUGUUUUUGUCUUUGUAAUAUCCAACUUUUGUUGAAAUUUGUUAUUCUGUUUUCUUAGCUUGUCUUCUAACUUUCCCAUUUUGUUUUUUAG